UUAGAUUAUUUAAAAACGUAUAGAUAGAGAAAUUAAUAACUGCGGCAGAGUUUGAGUUUCAUAUAAAUAUCUCUUCCCUCCUCCUUCCCCUUUUCUCCAAAAAGUUCACCCUCUGCUAAAAUCUCUGUCUGGAUCUCAGGCUCGUCUAUCUAUAGCCAUAGAUUAGGCAAUUUUCAGUUCUCAGGAUAUUUCUCUUUACUCCAAAGAACUUUCUAGAUGUUCAAUACAAGGACGAUGAUCGACAUCAGUGAUCAACUCAUUUGAUAUAUUACGAGGAAAAUCGAUUCCACUUCCUGCAUAUAAACAGAGAAAAAUCACUUAGGUGAGUUUAGUGUGAGAAGAGAAGUGUAACGAACAGCGUGAGAUCUGUGAAUUUUGUAGUGCGGUUGAAGAUGUCGAUGAUGAGGAGAGAAGUAGAGGAAGAGAGGAAUAUUAGUAGAAGAGAUUCAGGCGCAGAGUAUAAAAUGGAGGAUUUGACGAAAUCGUCGAGAAGUAGUAGAAGAUAUGCGUUAAUGGAGAAGGAGCUUGGACUGGACUCCAGUACUCACUCGAGGUUUAGCAGAGAAAACGUCAUCAAUGGCAUCAAAGGCCUCUCUCAAGGUUCCGUUAUUUAUCCCGAUGACCGGUGGUACAAGAUAUGGGAGAAGUUUAUCCUGAUUUGGGCGAUUUAUUCAUCUUUUUUUACUCCAAUGGAGUUUGCAUUCUUCAAGGGAUUGCCCAGGAAGCUUUUUCUCUUAGACAUUUGUGGCCAAAUAGCUUUUCUUGUCGACAUAGUCGUGCAAUUCUUUGUAGCUUACAGAGAUAGUCAGACAUACAAGAUGGUGCAUAAACGAACCCCUAUUGCUCUUCGGUACUUGAAAACUCAUUUUAUCUUGGAUUUUCUCAGUUGCAUGCCGUGGGAUAACAUUUAUAAGGCUGCUGGCAAAAAAGAGGGAUUGAGAUACCUUUUAUGGAUUAGGUUAAGCAGGGUGCGCCGAGUCAAUGACUUUUUUCAGAAGAUGGAGAAAGAUAUUCGGAUCAAUUAUCUCUUCACUAGGAUAUUAAAACUUAUCGUUGUUGAACUCUAUUGCACGCAUACAGCAGCUUGCAUCUUUUACUUUUUGGCUACUACUCUGCCUGAAGAGAAAGAAGGUUACACAUGGAUUGGGAGUUUGACCCUGGGAGACUACAGUUAUUCACACUUUAGAGAGAUUGAUCUCUGGAGGCGAUACAUCACUUCUCUGUAUUUUGCCAUUGUCACUAUGGCAACUGUGGGCUACGGUGACAUACAUGCAGUCAAUCUGAGGGAAAUGAUAUUUGUUAUGAUUUAUGUCUCUUUUGACAUGAUUCUUGGUGCUUAUUUGAUCGGUAAUAUGACAGCACUGAUUGUCAAGGGAUCAAAAACCGUCCGAUACAGGGAUAAAAUGACAGAUCUUAUGAACUAUAUGAACAGAAAUAGACUCGGAAGAGAUAUUCGUACUCAAAUUAAAGAUCACUUGCGAUUACAAUAUGAAAGCGCUUACACUGAUGCAGCUGUUCUUCAGGACCUUCCCAUCUCAAUCCGAGCUAAGAUAUCCCAGACGUUAUAUCAGUCUUGCAUUGAAAAUAUUCCUCUUUUCAGGGACUGCUCCUCAGAAUUCAUAAGUCAAAUUGUAACUAGAGUGUGUGAAGAAUUUUUCCUUCCAGGAGAAGUGAUCAUGGAACAGGGGCAUGUGGUAGACCAACUUUAUUUUGUCUGUCAUGGUGUUCUGGAGGAAAUUGGUAUAGGGAAUGAUGGGUCAGAAGAGAGAGUAGCACUUCUUGAGCCAAAUAGCUCGUUUGGGGAAAUAUCCAUUCUUUGCAACAUUCCACAACCAUAUACUGUCCGUGUGUGUGAACUAUGCAGACUCAUACGGAUUGAUAAGCAAUCAUUUUCAAAUAUUUUGGAGAUCUAUUUUCAUGACGGGAGAAGAAUUUUGACUAACUUAUUAGAGGGAAAAGAUUCUGAUCUUCGUGUGAAGCAAGUGGAGUCAGAUAUAACAUUCCAUAUUGGGAAACAAGAGGCUGAGCUUGCUUUGAAAGUGAAUAGUGCAGCUUAUCAUGGUGAUUUGCACCAGCUGAAGGGUCUGAUCCGAGCUGGAGCUGAUCCCAACAAGAAAGAUUAUGAUGGAAGAUCUCCUUUGCAUCUUGCAGCGUCCAGAGGAUAUGAAGACAUCUCUCUUUUCCUUAUCCAAGAAGGUGUCGAUCUCAAUGCUUCAGACAACUUUGAUACCACACCGCUGUUUGAAGCUAUCAAGAAUGGACACGAUCGUGUUGCUUCAUUACUUGUUAAGGAAGGUGCUUUCUUGAAGAUCGAAAAUGCUGGUAGUUUUUUGUGUAUGUUGGUUGCAAAGGGGGAUUCGGAUCUACUACGAAGGCUGUUGUCCAAUGGUAUUGAUCCAAACUCCAAAGACUAUGAUCACCGAACACCACUCCAUGUAGCGGCUUCUCAAGGAUUAUUCGCGAUGGCGAGAUUGCUUCUGGGAGCUGGUGCUUCUGUUUUCUCGAAAGACAGAUGGGGAAAUACUCCAUUUGAUGAAGCUAGACUAAGUGGAAACAAUCAAUUGACCAAGCUUCUGGAAGAAGCAAAAUCAGCUCAGAUAUCGGAAUUCCCUAUUGCUCCACACGAGAUCUCAGAAAAAAUGCACCCACAGAAGUGUACUGUGUUUCCUUUCCACCCAUGGGAGCCCAAGGAUCUCAGGAAACAUGGUGUUGUACUGUGGAUACCUAAGAGUAUGGAAGAGCUCAUUACUACAGCAUCGGAACAACUCAACUUUCCAUCUGGCUCUUGUAUUUUAUCAGAAGAUGCAGGUAAAAUUCUUGAUAUAGGUUUGAUUUCUGAUGGUCAGAAGUUGUACUUGAUCAGUGAAACAACUUGAGAAUACCUCGUCUAUAUAUAGUUACACCCUGUGUAGCUUUGGGGUUUGUAUAUAUAUUGUCAACCAAGUUGAAGAUGAAACGAAAAAAUCUCUUGUAGUUACUCACUGCUUUGAGUGAUGAUUUUGCAAAUGAGAUGUAAACCCACUGUAUCAGUUUAUGCUUCUUGUUAUUUGUAGUGUUUUGGUACUUGUACCUUGCAUUA